CAAUGACCUAACUUCACUUGCAGAACAGCGGUGAUUUAGUGUACUUGUGAAGGCUGGUUGCUGAGGAGGAUGCUCAAAAAGAUACUCAUCACUUCUGGCAUGUCUGCAUCUUUUACUCCUGAGCUUUUGAUUUAACCGGAGCAAGAAAAAGCCAUGGGAGGGCCAGUGCUCAUAUUUCUUAUGAUCCUGUUUGCUGUGAUGCUGAUGGGUACUGGUGCCAAAAAUUGUGUGUGCAGUGGAAAAUCAAGGUGCUGUGAAGGAGUAAAAGGCAGCAGGGGAGACAAAGGUUUUCCAGGAGUUCAAGGCCCCCCAGGCCCAGAGGGACGUCCAGGAUCAGAUGGUCAUGCUGGGCCUAUGGGACCAAAGGGCAACACUGGGCCCGAUGGACCUGUGGGACCAAGAGGUGAUCCGGGACCUGAAGGCAAAGAUGGGUUUGCUGGGACUCAUGGUUUACCGGGUAUCCCAGGUUUACAAGGGCCUCCAGGCCCCCCAGGGGUCCCAGGAUGCAAUGGAACUGAUGGAGAAGAUGGACCUCCUGGUAUUCCUGGGGUCACUGGAGUUGAUGGAUAUCCAGGUCCACCUGGUCUGCCUGGACUGAAGGGUGAAUCUUGGGUGUCACCACCAGGGCAACCAGGGCGACCUGGGAGGGACGGAGAGCCGGGAGCUCCAGGUAUCACUGGAGAGACUGGACCAUUUGGUGAUCCUGGACCAAGAGGGUCUGUUGGAUUUCCUGGCCGUCCUGGGCGUCCAGGACCUAAGGGUCAAGAAGGCCUAAGUGGUAUCCCAGGACCUCGUGGACCAAAGGGUAGAACAGGACCACCAGGACCACCGGGACCACCGGGUCGGAUUAAGGAGUUUUUAACAGAGAGUCUUGCGUUAAACAUUGAGGGUCUAAAAGGAGAUGAAGGGCAUGUAGGAGAAAAAGGCUGCAGGGGCGAACCUGGAGAUAUUAUGCCUCUUGCUUACACCAAAGGACCAAAGGGAGUCAAAGGACAGCAGGGCCCAGAAGGAAAUCCAGGGAAGGAAGGUGAUCCUGGACAAUCUGGAUAUAGGGGACAGCCUGGCCCCAGAGGGGAUCCAGGAUAUCCAGGUACACCAGGAGGAACGGGAGAAAAGGGAAGUAGAGGUCCACCUGGUCCACCUGGAGAUAUAUUUGGACCUGAGCCUCUCAAAGGAUACCAAGGAGAUCCUGGUCUCACUGGUCCACCUGGGCUUCCUGGGCGUCGAGGUGUCGUGGGGUUUCCUGGAUCUGAUGGACCUCCAGGCCAUGCCUCUGUGAGUUAUGUGCCAGGCCCACGAGGUCCCACUGGCUAUCCAGGUCCCAAAGGGGAACCUGGGGAGCCUGGUUAUUUUUAUCCUGGAGUCCCAGGUCUAGAUGGGGAUCCUGGUAAUCAAGGGCCUCCAGGGGAACCGGGCCCACCUGGACCUCCAGAGGACAGAAUGAACAGGAUUAUCAAAGGUCUCCCAGGAAUGAAGGGUGUGAAGGGUGUCCCUGGAGAUAUUGGAUAUAAUGGGACAUUUGGAAUGAAAGGACAGAAGGGGGAACCCUGUUAUGAGUGUAUUGGUCCAGGACCACCAGGUCCCCCUGGUCCACCUGGCAUCCCUGGUUACAAUCAAGGACCAGGUGCCAAAGGUGACCCUGGCUACUCAGGACCCAGAGGUUUACCUGGAAUACCAGGUCCUGUUGGUACAACAGGAUAUCCAGGCCCUCCAGGACAAAAGGGAGACUCACAUUCCUACAACACCCCAGGGAUAAAGGGACGGAUAGGACAUCCAGGAAAGCCCGGCAAGCCUGGUGCAGAUGGCUUCCCUGGGUCUCAUGGGUCACCAGGUCCCAAAGGCAAUCAAGGCCCUCCAGGGGAUUCGUAUCCAUUCCCUGGUGUGGAGGGAGACCGUGGUUUUCCAGGUCCACCAGGGCCUUUAGGCAUACCAGGACCAGUUGGCCCUCCUGGGCCAGCAGGACAUGGGCCUGCUGGACCUCCAGGAAGUAAGGGAGAUAUUGGGGUACCUGGCUUGCCAGGACUGCCUGGAAUUCCAGGCCAGAAAGGUGAAUCUAGCCACAUCCACAGCAAAGGACCUCCUGGACCACAAGGAUUUAAAGGGCUUCCUGGCCCACCCGGAAGCCCAGGUUAUCAAGGACCGCCAGGUAUCCUAGGAGCACCAGGUUCUCCAGGACAGAAAGGAGAAAGAGGUGAUGUGCCUGGAAGGCAUGCGAUCCAGGGACCAAAAGGUGACAAAGGGCAGCCAGGUAUCCCAGGUUUUCCAGGUAGAGGCUUGCCUGGUCAGCGAGGUAUACAAGGCCCUCCUGGUCCUCCAGGACUUAAGGGUGAUGGUGGCACUGGACGCCCUGGCCCCCCAGGCCUCCCAGGGUCUUCGGGAGAAGAUGGAACUCAGGGACCUGUUGGAGAUCCUGGGAUCCCUGGUCAUCCUGGGAACCCAGGGCUAAUUGGCAACCCUGGUUCUUCAGGAGAGAAAGGAAGUAAAGGUUCUGUAGGGCCCCCAGGACUACCUGGUAGCAAGGAUUCAUGUAAAGGUUUGCCUGGACCAGCGGGACCGCCAGGACCAGAGGGUUAUCCAGGACAUCCAGGACCUAAUGGCUUGCUUGGGGAGAAGGGGAAUCCAGGUUUGCCAGGGUUUGGUCGUCCUGGCCCCCCUGGUGAGCCUGGUCUCCUGGGUCCAUCGGUGCCGGGUUCACCAGGGGUUCCUGGAAAAAAAGGGAUCACUGGACAAAACAGCAUACCUGGUCAACCAGGACUAAGAGGAGAUCCUGGGCCAGAUGGGUUGCCAGGAUAUGGACCAGAAGGACUGCCUGGAAUUAUAGGACCACCAGGCCAAAUAGGUUCCCCUGGCCCAGACGGAGCCAGAGGUUCGCGGGGUCCACCAGGAGUAAAUGGAGACCCAGGUCCCAGAGGUCCUCCAGGUACCUCAUCAUCAGUACACAUUAUUGGGCUCCCUGGAGAACCUGGAGCUUCAGGUCAACCUGGUCUUGCUGGUCUUCCUGGAGAUACUGGAAGUACUGGACCAAAAGGGCAGAGCGGGAAAGAGGGACCAGUAGGGGGUCCUGGACAAAGAGGUCCUCCAGGUGAUCCAGGUAUUGAUGGACUACUGUUCUCCAAAGGAAGUCAAGGACCUGCUGGAGCCCUAGGUGACCCAGGAGUCAGAGGACCUCCAGGCCUAAAAGGAGUAAAAGGAGAUCAAGGAAUCACUGGAAGGCCAGGUCCAGAUGGUGCACCAGGUCCAACUGGUUACAAAGGAAUUAAAGGAGAACCAAACUACUCUGGAUAUGGACCUCCUGGGCCAGCAGGACAAAAGGGUGAACCAGGAGCAAGCCAAACUGACUUGAUGAAGGGUCAGAAAGGAGAACCUGGUCUCAGUGGACAAAUAGGUCUAAAAGGAACCCAAGGAACCAGAGGAUACCCAGGACCUGUUGGAUAUAAUGGUUUAUCAGGCAUUGCAGGGCCUAAAGGUUCAGAUGGACCUCCAGGAAUAAAAGGACACACAGGACCUAAUGGACCACCAGGUGACCGAGGUCCAAGGGGUGUCGGUGGUUACCCGGGUCCCAAAGGCAGCCAGGGCCGGGACGGGAUCCCUGGACCGCCAGGGCAGAAAGGGGACACUAUCAUAAUUGGAGGGACCCCUGGAAGACGUGGUGACACAGGUCAACCAGGCCCCCCUGGGAACCCUGGUCCCCCUGGCUUCUCUGUUACAGCAAGUCCUGGACCAACAGGAGACAAAGGAUUUCCAGGUCCACCUGGGAUUAGUGGUCCUAGGGGGCUACCAGGAAGAGACGGGGCAUGUGUUCCUGGGUUAAAAGGAGACCGUGGUUAUCCUGGCACUGCUGGUAGACCAGGCUGUCCUGGCCCACCUGGCCCUCCAGGUCUCGCUGUGCCUGGUUUCAAGGGAGACAGAGGGAACCUAGGUCUUACAGGAAGUCCAGGAUCUAGUGGACCCCCAGGAGAUCCAGGCCCCCAAGGACCACCUGGUGUAAGAGGCAGACCUGGAGGCCCAGGGCCAAGAGGUGAUUCUGGUCCUCCUGGAUUCCAAGGGCCCCCUGGUGAAAAGGGAGACCCUGGAUACAUCUCAGGCCCAUGUGGUCCACCUGGAGCCAGAGGUUUUCCUGGACAACCUGGAGUCAAAGGUGAACGAACAUUUGGCAAGGCCAUAUAUGGACCAGGACCUCCUGGGUUACCUGGUCCCCCUGGCAAUCGAGGAGCCCCAGGGAGCACUGGACCAUCAGGACCACCAGGCUGUCAAGGACAGCUAGGUAUCAAGGGAGUGCGUGGUCCCAGCCCACUGGGCCUGCCUGGAUUUACUGGCCACAAAGGUGAUAAAGGAGCAGCAGGGUUGCCAGGUCCAGAAGGUAGACCUGGAGACCCAGGCCGCAAGGGUUCUCCGGGGCUGCCAGGUGGAGGUUGUCCCGGUUAUGUUGACACUUUUCUGAUAGCUAGACACAGUCAGAGCAUCCGUGUCCCUGACUGCCCUCAUGGCUCCACCCUAAUCUACUCUGGCUACUCCCUCCUCUUCAUCAAUGGAAAUGAGAGAGCUCAUGGGCAGGACCUUGGCACCACGGGAAGCUGCCUCCCCCGUUUCUCCACCAUGCCCUUCCUGUUCUGUGACACACAAACUAACUGUCGCUAUGCUUCUCGUAAUGACUAUUCAUACUGGUUGUCCACUGACACUCCUAUGCUCCCGAACAUGACUGCCAUCACAGGGGAUAGGCUUGCCUCCUACAUCAGCAGGUGCUCAGUGUGUGAAAUCACCUCCAAUGUCAUAGCUGUCCACAGCCAGACAACUCUGACACCUCAGUGUCCCCAAGGUUGGGAAUCCCUAUGGACUGGAUACUCAUUCAUCAUGCAAACAGGUGCUGGAGCAGAGGGCUCCUCCCAGCCUCUUGUUUCUCCUGGCUCAUGUCUGGAAAGUUUCCGCCAAGUUCCCUUCAUUGAAUGUCACGACAAGGGAACAUGUAACUACUACCCUGACUCCUAUAGCUACUGGCUGGCGUCCCUCGUCCCCAGGAACAUAUUCAGUAUACCUGUUCCUCAGACAGUGAAGGAAGCUUCUCUAGAAAGCAUCAUCAGCCGUUGUCGGGUCUGUAGGAAACUAUGGCAAUGUGGUUCGGGUGACAGACGUGGGGACAAUUUUUAACACUGAGUAUUUCAUUUUUUUCAGUGUCAUUUGAAAUAUAAAAAUCUAAUAAAUGUGAGAGGAAACAGUCUUGUUAGUCUUGCUAGUGUGUAGUGUGCAUGUCUAUUUGGUGAAGUGCUGUGUCUUAGCACUAAAUAAAACACACUAUGGCAUAUUUCAGCCAAAUUGUCAAUCAUCUUUUGAUGGCAGUCAUAUAAGCUCAGAUAAUAGUGAAUCUUAAAAUUACUGAAACAUUUAGUGAUCCAUUUUAUCUUAUCAAUGCUGUAGUGUGCCACCAGAAUGUAAUUAUUCCUAAGUCUCAGUAACAGCUAAUAAUAGUAGUAAUAGUAGCAGUUGUAGAAGUACGAAUGCCAACAGCAGUACUGUGUCCAGUUCAGUUUUUACAUGCAGUCUUUUCUGGAUUGUAAAUGCUUUAACUUUUAUUGUGGUUUUCUUUAAAUGCUGCACCCCAUAUCAUUUUUUGCAAUUUUCCUUUGACAUUAUUGCCAGUAACAUUAUAAAUAACUCAGUGACAUAUCAAAAACAAGCCAUCAGUUACCUUGACAAACAGACUCUGACAAUAAGCGCCUUAAUUGAUGAAAUGCCAUGUAACACCCAAAGGUCCUUUGGAUUAAAAAAACAAAAAACAAACACCAAAUGUUGUGAUUUGUGCACACAACAGCCACAGUACUGAGAAAUAAUUAACCUAUAUAGUGCAUCAGUACAGCAAUGUCAUUAGCAGGUCUGUUUCAUUCCAAGUGACUUGAGAAGACCGGUAUGGUCCAGUCAGUGAAUGACGUCAAGAGCAUCAGAUCACAACUGGAGAGGAAGCAUGUUGUAAAUGCUGUUAAAUUGUAAAAUUGUGUUUUCUUGCACACCCAAAUAUAGAGUCAUUUGUGCCCUCACUCUAAAAGCAUUUCUUUGAAUUUCAGCAUGUUAAAUGGUGCAUGGAAAAGAUUAAACUUUAUGACUCAUACUGCCUGCAACUUUUUUCCAAUCCAUUUCUAAAUGAACCAUCGGGGAGGUAACACUGCAAUCAAACUGCUGCUGUGGCUCUGGGACAAAAAAAAUGCAUAUUAAGAUCUUG